CCCAUUGAGAAACUGAGAGUGAGAGAGGCUCGAAGCAGGUGCUGGUGGAGGCGUGAGGUGGCAGUUUGUCAUGCUUUGCUGAUUUCUGACAGACCAUAAAUCGAAUUGCUUAGACUGCAAAAAGGGAAAAGGGGCUGUUUGAAGGGGAAUAAUACAGCAAACCAUCCAUUCUCAAGAAAGAAGAACAAAAAAAAAAAGUUCAAAGGUAAACAGGAAAUUAGCUAUGUGAAGCUGUGAUCUGCAGAUGCAGGUCCACCACAACCAUCACAUGACGUGGAUUUCCGCUUGACACAUUGUGCUCUCGGCUGCACAGCGGGGCAGGGCCACACAAUCACUAAAGAGCUGCUGCAGCAGGACGUGAUGGUGCUUUGAGGACUAGUCUCCCAACCAUGAAUUUCAAUGGACUUCCACGCCAGGACAGCCAAGAGAAUUACAUUCUGGAUAAUACUCUGAGGAGGAAAUGUUCCCUUUGGUACCGACGUUCACUGAUGGGAAACAAUGAUCGACACCGGCACAACACAGGCUCUCUGCCCAGAGUAUGCAAGCCGAAACAAACCCGCUCCAACUUGCUGGUUGAUUACUCUGACCCACAAAGGACCACGAUUGUACUGCAAAAACAAGACAAUGAAACAUUUGGUUUUGAAAUUCAGACCUACGGCCUGCAGCUGAAAGACAGCUCUGCGGUGGAGAUGUGCACGUUUGUGCGCAAAGUGCAGGAGGACAGCGCUGCUGAGAAUGCUGGCCUGACUGCAGGAGAUAUUAUCGUCACCAUAAACGGGGUCAGCAUUGAAGGAUCAUCUCAUCCGCACAUACUUGAUCUCAUAAGAGAAUCAACCAACAGUCUAAAGAUGGAGACCGUAUGUGGGAACAUAGUGAAGCAGAUAGAGCUGGAGAAGAGGAUGAACCUGCUUAAGCAAUCGCUACGUGAGAAAUUGGUGGAGCUGCAAGCCCUUACAUUACAGGAAAAACGUCUAACGCGAGGGGCUUUUGUUAUGCUUUCAGGUAACUUGAACAACAGCAGCCUCCACCUCUCAGUGGACUCCUCAGCCAUUCUGAGCUCCCCAACAGUCCGCUGUGGCCGGCGUUUUUCUAGUGACAGUAGUUACAGGAGCAUGAUGACGGAUGACAGUGACCUGGCCAGCGUGUUUGGGGAUCUGUGCUCUCCCAGCCCAUGCAGCGCAGCCAGCACCACAGACGACAGCUGCUUCUUCUCCAGAGAUUUCUCCUCACAUGACAGCUCCUGCAGGUUUUCCUCGAGCUCAAGCCGACAUCACCAAUCCAUCAGCCGCUGCAGCAGCUCCAGUUUGGCCGGAAGCAGCAGCUCUCUCUCUCCUUCCUGGGAGGACACAAGGAUGUCCUCCUUGUUUGGUACCCUGCCCCGUAAAAGCAGGAGAGCCAAUGUUCGCAAACACAUCCUGAAGUUAAUUCCUGGACUCCAGCGAUCAGUUGAAGAGGAGGAGAUGGGAACAAACACUCAGUGACUUGUUGUUCACAUGCUCCGAUGUGUCUAUAUGUUGAUAUCAAACAUGGUUUCUCAUGCUCUGGUUGCAGAAAGAAAUAUACACUGUGAUGAAGUGUUUCCCCACUCUUAAGGUUGAGUUAAACCUUUAUAAGAAAUCUGCUUUUGCCUUCAUGGGAACACAGAGAUGACAGACAUUUUGGGGCUUGGCAUUUGUCAAUGUCAAAGUUUACUCAAGAGGGUUCUGAGCCUUAAAAGUGCUUGGCUUAGACUUGUGGUAGCACAAAAGCAUUAUGGAAAUAUUAUGUUGUUUAAAUAAAUAUGUACAUACAGUAUUACAAUGUAUAUAGAUGAGAUUAUGUGUCCUACUAGCUUGAAUAUAAAACUGCAUUCAUUUGAAUUGUCUGAACUAGUAGCUGUAUUCAUGUAGCACCUUGGAUUUCCAAAUGAGCUUGUGAUCUAAAACACAAGACAACAAUUAUUUUGCAGGUCAGAUAGACAUUUAAAGUCUUCUUCUUCUGUCACGUUCAGGUACUGAAAACCAAAACCAAAGCUCUCAGUAUAGAUAUUCGCUCGGCUCAAAACAGGAUGUGGGCACAAGUGGUGCUACUUAACAGUUUUAAUUUCCAACGUUAUGUUAGGCUGCGUACAACUGUCAGUGUUCGGUCAGAAACACUGAAACCGUUUCUUGUAAAUUCUGAAUGUAACUAAAUGUGCAAGUUUCACUUUCAGUGGCAAGAAAACACAACUUUUUACAGAAUGUCAUGCUUUAUAUUUUCAUAUCAAAUCAAGAAAAUAUGUCUGCAAAAAAAUAAACUUGAAGUCUUACAAACCCACCAGUGUUUUCCCUUCAUAUCCCAGAUAUAACAAUGCACACUCAUUCUAAAGUUCCACGUUCAAAAGGAAAGAUGUAACUUGUGCAUAUAGCAGAGUGGGAUACAUUGAUGGUGAUGCUGGUAUUACACAUCUUUUACUCAUACACACAACCUAUUAUUAUUCUUGGGAAUGCACUAUUGUUUGUUAAAAAAUGAAGCUAAACACUUGAGAAUAGAAACCUCACACAUUUCCUGUAAGAAGUCUCACUUCUUUGGUUUCCUGCUGCAGCUGCUAAAGAGAGAGAGAGAGAGAGAGAGACACACAA